GCAUGCGCCCUAGCAGCUCACGUUGUGCUUCACGAAAAUGUGUCUAGCAAAACAGUUAAAGUAGAAGCCUAUGUAAGAAGAUGUUUUAAUCAGUUAUCGGGUUAGUCUUAGCCGUGUGGGGUAAGAAGGAGCAUGGCAGCAUCGCUGGAGCUGAUAGCAGGGAGUUACGAGCAGGUCACUUGUGGAUAUCAAGUGAGCAUAGAUGGAGAGGAGUGGACACCCAAGCCAGAUUUCACACAUCAUGCCCACACAGCUUCUUUAACAGCUGUGGCAGCCAGUGAGAGGUUUGUUGUCACAGGGAGUAAAGAUGAGACCAUUCAGCUGUACGACAUGAAGAAGAAAGUAGAGCACGGAGCUCUGCUGCAUCAUGAUGGCAGCAUCACCUGCCUUGAGUUUUAUGGAGCGUCUCAUUUACUGAGCGCAGCUGAGGAUGGACUAAUAUGUGUGUGGAGCACAAAGAAGUGGGAGUGUCUGAAGACCAUCAAAGCUCACAAAGGCCACGUUACAUCACUGUCUGUCCAUCCAUCUGGGAAACUUGCACUUUCAGUUGGGACAGAUAAGACUCUGAGAACAUGGAAUCUUAUUAAUGGAAGAUCCGCUUUCAUCAAAAAUAUCAAACAAAAUGCACACAUUGUCAGAUGGUCUCCUGAAGGAGAUAAAUAUUUGGUUGUGACUAAUGAGAAGAUAAACUUUUAUGACAUGGUGACGGCCUCUGUGACAGGAACCAUCACAAACCCCAAAAGGAUCUCAUCUGUCAAGUUUUUAAAUAACUCAGUCUUGGCUGUCGCAGGAGACGAUGAAACUGUGAGACUAUGGGACAUUGGGAAAGAAAAAUGGAUAUGUGAGUUCAAAGCCCAUGAAACCAGGGUGAAGGCAGUCGACAGUUUUGUUAUGGAGGAUUACUGUGUGAUAGUGACUGCAUCAAACGAUGGAUUUAUAAGAAUGUGGAAACUCUAUCUAAAAGAGGCGCUGGAGCCUCCCACUCUUAUUGGGGAAGUGAAUACAACAGCCAGACUGACCUGCCUCGCUGUGUGGAAACCAAAAUCAGUGAAGAUCAAACCGGAACCAGCAACAGAGGCAACAACAUCUGAAGAUGUUCCCCGUGAGCUUGUAAAGUCAAAGAGAGUCCAACUCGCAGAGGAAGUCAUACUAGAAGAUGAGAGCAAACCCAAAAAGAAGAAAAAAGACAGUGGAAAAUAAAGUUGAUCAUAAUAAAGUGUUUAGAACCAGUGGACUGUUUAACAGCUGGACUUCUGUCACGCACUGCUAAUAGUUACCACAAGGAGGCUGUAAAUCCCAGUUUUUACUGUUUUUAUUUUUGCCACAAAUAUAUUUUCUAUAACUAUUGAAAGUAUGAAAAAGAAAAUGGAAAGUGAGAAAAGCAGCAAUAAAAAUGUUUUAUGAUGGA